AUGGAGGCUUGUGGACGUUCGCUAUGUACUAGAAAACCGGAAAAACAUAUUUGCAAUUUGAGGUGCUUCGAAAAAUGCCCCGACUGCCACUACCCAGUCCGCUGGAAGUUGCAAUGCGGCCAUCAAGUCACGCUGCAAUGCCACCAAGACCCAAAAACGCACAAGUGCGUUGAGCCUGUACAGACUCUGUUGCCGUGUGGCCACACUGAAAUGAAGCCUUGCCACGUCAGGUUGGAAGACUUUGCCUGCCCCGUCGACUGCAAGGCCACGCUGGAUUGCGGCCACGUGUGCAUGCAGAAAUGUCACGAUAGGAAAGAUCCUGAUCAUCUUUUGUAUGAAUGUCAUAAACCAUGCGCAAAACUUCGUGCGGGAUGCAGCACUAAGGAACAUUAUUGCAGAAAACUCUGCCAUGAAGAAUGUGAACCUUGCACUGCUCAAGUAAAGAAGCACAGGACUAUCUGUACCCAUGUCUUCGAAGUUUCAUGCAACUCCAACGUUGAUGAGUUGACCUGCGAAAAGCCCUGCAAGAGAAAUCUGCCGUGCGGCCACCAGUGCAAGAACAAAUGCUGCGACACGUGCGGCCCCUGCGAAGUCAAGGUCGAAAAAGUUAUAGACGCCUGCGGACACAAACUGACUGUGAAGUGCUGCGAAGAACCAAGGCGCCAGGAGUGCAGACAGAAGUGCGAGAGGAGGUUGACGUGUGGCCACGCAUGCGUCGAACUGUGCAAGAUGGCCUGCACGGUGAAGUGCGAGGAGAUGGUCGCCUGCCGGCUGCAGAGCCCGUGCGGUCACGUGAUCGAGACAAUCAAGUGCUUCGAACGUCCCUUCCUGAACGCCCAAGUACUACCCAAGUACUGCUCGGUGCCCUGCCUGGCCACUUUGCAGUGCGAACACAAAUGCGGCGGCACGUGCGGCCAGUGCUUUCAAGGCCGCGUGCAUGCCAGAUGCCAGGAGAGGUGCGGCGUACCCAUGGUAUGCAACCACGAGUGUCCCAUACCGUGCAGAGAGGCAUGCAGACCUUGCGAAAAGAAAUGCACGUAUAAAUGCAUCCACGGCCGCUGCACCAAGAAAUGCGGAGAGGUGUGCGUUCCAUGCGCAGAAGUGUGCUCGAGGAAAUGCGCACAUCAGAAAUGCGAUAGGAAGUGCAGCGAAAUCUGCUCGGUGAAACCGUGUACCGAACCAUGCCCUAAAAUGCUGAAAUGCCGUCAUCAAUGCGUUGGGUUCUGCGGGGACCCGUGCCCAAAAUUGUGCAGAGUUUGUGAUAGAAAAGAGCUGACGGAGAUAUUGUUCGGAACUGAGGACGAGGAGGACGCCAGAUUCGUGCAGCUGAAAGACUGCGGUCACGUGUUGGAAAGUGACGGCAUGGAAAUGUGGCUGAAGGGGGAAAACGAGGACGAGAUCCAGGUGAAAGUGUGCCCCAAGUGCAAGACGCAGAUAGUCAACACGCAGAGGUACAGUGAGCACCUGAAGAGGGCCUUUGUGGACAUCCAAAACGUCAAGCAGCGACUGAACGGCAGCCCAGAAGCGAACCGUGAUACGAGGCUGCAAUUGUUGAAGAGAAUCUUGUUGUUGAAGCAACAUUCCAUGAGCAGAUUCUCCACAUUAUUCUCUUCUACAUUGAAAGAAACAGAAUCCCGCCUAGAGGAGACCAAGUUAGACGUAGUAAGAGGUCGGGUCAGACAAUAUUUCAACGCCGUCAUUCUGAACUCGAUAACUUCCAAAGUACAAAUCCUGGAACACAUCGCCAAAAUAUGCGUUUCUGUGACAGAAAUGUCUGUCUCGUCAGACACGACAUCAGAGAUUCGAUGCCAACUCUCUUUCAUCCUCGAUUGUAUACAGAGGGAUGAGGUGCAAGUGACCAAUCAAGAAAUAGACGAUAUACAAAUGGAAAUCAGCAGAUUGAAGCGUAUAGUGGAGCUGACCCAGAUCAAGAAGAAGUUUGGUUAUGUUUCACUAGAAUCGUUGCUGAUGUUGAAGUUGAGGAGUCCCAGCGUGACCCCGGCAGCUCGCAUCCAGCGCAUAGAAGAACUAGUCAACCUCCGCCAACGAUACACCAAAGAUAUCGAUGAAAAGAUCCAGGAGCUCAUGAGGAGUCUGAGGAGCGGCAUCCAGAUCAGCGAGUCGGAACGCGUGGAGAUCGUGAAGGCCUUGGGACUGAAGCAAGGCCAUUGGUUCAAGUGCCCCAACGGGCAUCCCUACGUCAUCACGGAAUGCGGGGGGGCCAUGCAGGAAUACACUUGUCCAGAGGCGGGGUGCGGGGAGAAAAUCGGGGGCACGCGUCAUACGUUAAUCGGUACUAAUCAGCUGGCUUCGGAGAUGGACGGGGCUAGGUUUGCAGCUUAUUCAAAUAUGGCGAAUGAUUUCGGAAAUUACGAUAUGUGA